AUGUGGUUCUGUUCUGGCAGCUGUUGCUGCGUUGGUUCAUGCUGCAAGCUGCUCUCGUUCUGCAACCGAGGCGACUAUCUCCGACUCGCAGAAAUUGCUUGCAUCCUUGGAUCCACCCUCUUCGUUCAUGGCCAGAUCAUUGGCAACCAGUUCUACGACUGCGGGCAUGAUGGUGUCGCAUGGGCUGUGGGUUGUGUGCCCUCAGAUGAUGGUGCGACCUUCGAGUGGGUGUCUGAUCUGAGAGACUGGGUGAAGCAGGUCAAUACCUGGUCCCGACGAAGUGUGGCUGCGUGGCAGGCCCAGCCAACCUGGCAAAGGUCUCCCUCCGCUGCAACUUUCGAGGCUAUUGCUUUUGUGCAGGAGUGGUCUCACAGAGGAGGUGCUGGGCUCAUUGCCUAUGGCACCCCUGCCACACGUGUGGGCGACCAAGCGUGCGAAUAUCACCAUGUGGAUGUAACGGAUGCAUGGCCACUUCGUGCAGAUGCUCCAGAUGAGGUACCUUCAGUGGUGUACUGCCGCUGGCUGGAGGGCAAUUGCAUGCCCAAGUCUCCCUGGCUCAUUGCCACGAGGAAUCAUCAGGAUUCCGAUCACGCCUACGUCUUGCUGGGCUGUGAGGUAGUGGAGUACAUGGAUCGCGUACUGGGCUCCUUCGCCAUCAUGUCGCAGGAACAGACAGCCGAAGAUCGGCAGAUCGAGCAAUGGAAGGUGAAGCGCCUUGUCAAGAUGCUCGAUGCUGCACGCGGAAAUGGCACCUCAGCCAUUACAUUAAUUCUCAAUUCCAAGCAGGACAUCAAUCUGACGAACAAGAUGUUGACGGAGGAGUACGGCACUGCAUCGUGCAUCAAGUCGCGGGUAAACCGCUUGUCCGUGUUGUCUGCUAUCACAUCAACACAGCAGCGAUUGAAGAAAUACAAUCGCACCCCGCCAAACGGCCUCAUCAUUUUCUGUGGUGAGGUCUUGACGGAGGCCGAAGGGAAGGUCACCCACCCCCCCUUGCAGGACAACAAGGAGAAGAAGCUCACCAUCGACUUCGAGCCGUUCAAGCCCAUUAACACCUCCAUGUACCUCUGUGAUAGCAAAUUUCAUACCGAACCCCUCGCCGAGCUCAUGGAGGAUGAUGACAAGUUUGGGUUUUUGAUUAUGGAUGGUAAUGGCUCUCUGUUCGGCACGGUGCAGGGUAACCAUCGUGAAAUCUUGCACAAAUUCACAGUGGACUUGCCAAAGAAGCACGGCCGAGGAGGACAGUCUGCCUUGCGUUUUGCGCGCCUCCGACUGGAGAAGCGACACAACUAUGUACGAAAAGUUGGAGAGACAGCAACGCAGAUGUUCAUUCCGAAUGGAGAGACCCCGAACAUUAAGGGGCUGAUCGUUGCAGGUUCUGCGGAGUUCAAGCAGGACCUGACGACGAACACAGACCUCUUCGAUCAGAGACUAGCGGCAAUUGUCAUCCCCCCGCUCCUUGACAUUAGCUACGGUGGAGAGGCUGGCUUCAACCAGGCGAUUGAGCUGUCGGCAGAGACGUUGAGAAAUGUGAAGUUUGUCCAGGAGAAGAAGCUGGUCACGAAGUUCUUAGACGAGGUUGCCACGGACUCCGGCCGAUACUGCUUCGGGAUUAAGGACACAAUGCAGGGCCUGGAGGCCGGUGCUGUGGAGAUCUUGAUCAUUUGGGAGCAGCUGGAUAUCAAGAGGCUGGUCAUCCGGAACCCGCACACCGAUACGGAGGAGGUCAAGUAUGUGACUCCCGAACAGGAGAAGGAUCCAAAGCUCUACGUCGACAAGGAAACGAACGUAGAGCUGAACGUCACGGAGAACGAGGCGUUCUUGGAUUGGAUAGUUGUGAACUACAAGAACUUCGGCACCAAGCUGGAGUUUAUUUCGGAUAGGUCGCAGGAAGGCAACCAGUUCGUCAAGGGCUUUGGAGGCAUCGGUGGGCUCAUGAGAUACCAGCUUGAGUUUGACUUGCUGGAGGAGCCCGACCUGGCGGAAGCGGACAGUGAUGAUGACUUCAUGUGUAUUCGGAGCACUGCUGUCUGCUUUCUCGGUGCGGCUGUGACAAGGCGAAGACCACGAGCCUUCGCAAGCGUCGCAGCCGCCAUGGCAGUGCCCGAGAAUUUGGAGGCCUUGCUGUUUGAUAUUGAUGGGACCUUGGCAGACACGGAUCCCGUUCACUUCUCGGCGUUCGUCGACAUCUUGAGAGAGGUAGGCUUCAAUGAUGGAAUUGCCAUCGAUGAAGACUUCUUCAAGAGUCGGAUUUCCGGCCGACAGAACAAGCAGAUUUGCGGCGACCUCUUCCCAGACUGGGAUCAGCAACGAGCCGAAGCUUUCGCAGAGAAGAAAGAGGCCAUGUUUCGAGAAAGCGCGGCGAAGUUGUUGAAGCCGAUGGCCGGUCUCGAUCGCGUGCGUGCGUGGUGCGAGGAAAGCAGCCUCAAGAAGAUCGCAGUCACAAAUGCACCUCGUGUCAAUGCUGAGUUCAUCAUGGACUGCAUUGGCUACAGAUCCUGGUUUCCAGAGCUGGUGAUUGGCGACGAGUGUGAGCGUGGGAAACCGGACCCGUGCCCUUACGAGACUGCAAUGAAGCGCCUGGGUGUCCGACCUGAGCGCUGCAUCGCUUUCGAGGACUCGCCCUCCGGAGCCAGAUCGGCCGUGGCAGCUGGGGUCUACACCGUGGGAAUCUUGUCGAGCCAGGAUCCGGAGAAGCUCCGUGCUGCCGGUUGUGCCGAAGUGGUGCAGAGCUUCGAUGACGAGCACCUGUGGCAGCUCCUGCAGUAUCCGCCAGACCUUGUGAAGCAUCUUCAAGACAAUGGCAUCUGUCGUGUCGUAGUUGGCCACACGCCGCAUGGCAACUGUCCAACUGUUAUACCUCAUGAAGGAUUGUCCGUCAUUAUGGGUGACACGAGCUACAGUUGCAUGAAAUCUGAUCUUGCAUAUUCCGGAGACAAUCGUGGCGAUGCAGUCUGCGAGAUCGCCUUGGAAGGUGACAAGUGCUUCGUGCGGGGGCGCACUGGCUAUGUGGACGGACUUAGCUGCCAUCGGCAGAUUGUACACUACGCAGCGCCUGGCGGCUGCGAUGGUGGUGGAGAUCCUCACAUCGGGAUUGUGCAGCCGCAAAGCGAGGAGGUGCCCGAAGACAAGCGCUUCUUUGUCAAGGCGUGCUUGGCGGCUUUGGAAGGAUACGAUGCCAGAUAUCUCCUGUGCAAAGUGGAUGGUUUCACCAACACAUAUCAGGAGGAGUCUCCGGAUGAGGUCAUCCGAAUAUUUGGCAGUCACUCCAUCCUGCCGUCCAACAAAACAACUAGGGAAGAUAUUACUUCCUUCGGUGAAGAAUUUGGGGCCGGAUUUUCUGGUGCUGAAGGCGAUGUGGUCGAGCGUAUCUUUCGCAGGCUUGAUCGAAAUCAUGAUGGAGCAGUGACGGCUCAUGAGCUUCGCACAGCCUGCAUCGACAGCACCGUUCGAGUCGCACUCCAAUGGACUUUCCCAGACACCUGCUUGGAGGAAGUCUUCACUGAGCUGGAUGCCAAUAGAGAUGGAAUGGCGCUCGCCCUGGCGACACCUGAAAUUGAGUUGCUGCAGCAGGCAGCCAGACCAACAGCCGCUGCACCAGCAGACAAUCUUCAAUGGUAUUGGCGGAAUAGUGUGCGGAAAAUCUGCAGAGGGAUGGACGUCGUGCUCUGCAUAAACACGUAUGUUGGACGUGAUGCGUGGUGCGCGGCAAAAUUAUCUUCAUCUGCCGGAGUUUCACUGUAUGAUAGUGGCAGGUGUCCGGUACUUCAUUCGGCAGUCCAAUGUGUAGCGAGUCGCAGCGAGCGCUUCAGCCGUAUCCAACCGGGCUUGGAAGAAGUGCUGACCAGAUAG